CAGUGGUUCACAGAGUUGUCUUAUAAUUGAAUAACAUUCUUGUUAAUUAAUAGAGUUUCAAAAGAACCUCAAAAUGUUCAAACCUAAACAUUUAGCUAGAGGCUUUUCAGAAUCUGGAUCUUGCCAGUGUUUGUUGUUUGUCAGCCAUGGAUCAGGUAAUGCAGUUUGUUGAGCCAAGCCGGCAGUUUGUGAAGGACUCAAUUCGGCUGGUUAAGAGAUGCACCAAACCCGAUAGAAAAGAAUUCCAGAAGAUUGCCAUGGCCACAGCCAUAGGAUUUGCUAUCAUGGGAUUCAUUGGCUUCUUUGUGAAACUGAUCCACAUCCCUAUUAAUAACAUUAUUGUGGGUGGCUGAGUGCUUUCUCUUCGUGAGAACUAGUGAACAAAUGAGAGUGUGAGAUCAUGAAGUUAAAAAGUUGCCUGUAUACUUUGUGUUUUUCUUUCCUCCUCCCCAAGAGGUUUUCUAUUUCUAAAUUAAAAUAAUUGCAAAAUAAACAUUUUUUUCCAUAACAGACAUUGAUUAAAUUUUAAUGACAGAUUA